AUGCUCACACUCAAACCUCAAAGUCAUCCAAACAGGCCCUGAAAUUCAUCUUCUCCUUCAACACUCUUCCCAAUAACAUUUUUUCGCCAUUACAAUAAAAUAAACAGCAAACAAAAUCAACAACCUGUUUGGUUUUUCUCCAUCAAAAUGGGAACUUUAACGAGCUGUAGUUUCAAUACAAUGAACUUAAGGUUCCGUAUUCACCCUCCAAAAAUCAGUUAUAAUUUCAAUCAAAAAAUCCAAAUGAAGAACAUGUACAAACGCAAUUUGGGUAGAUUAAUUAUUAGGUGUAGUAGUAGUAGUGGUGGUGGAAAUGGAAAUAGCAAUAAUAAUAAUAAUAAUGGGAGCAAUAGUGAUGGGAAACUGGAAAAAGAUUCUUCUUCUUCCAAUUUGGCAACUGUAACUGAAGAGAACACUGAGGAAAGAAACGAUAAGGUGACUGAUUCUGAGGAUUCUCCGGUGUCGAUUUCUUCACGUCCAACAAUAUCCACUAUUGAAUCAACUUAUAAUAAUUUCCAAGUAGAUUCUUUUAAGUUGAUGGAACUUCUUGGACCAGAAAAGGUUGAUCCCAGUGAUGUGAAGAUCAUUAAGGAAAAGUUAUUUGGCUACUCUACUUUUUGGGUGACUAGAGAAGAACCAUUUGGAGAUUUUGCAGAGGGCAUUCUUUUCCUUGGGAAUCUUAGAGGAAAAAGGGAGGAUGUUUUUGCCAAACUUCAGAGUCAAUUAUCAGAAAUUAUGGGUGAUAAGUACAACCUGUUCAUGGUGGAGGAACCUAAUUCAGAGGGGCCAGACCCGCGUGGUGGGCCCAGAGUCAGCUUUGGUAUGCUGCGAAAAGAAGUUUCUGAACCAAGUCCAACAACUCUCUGGCAAUAUGUAAUUGCUUUUCUGUUGUUCCUUCUCACGAUUGGUUCCUCUGUGGAGCUAGGAAUUGCGUCUCAGAUAACUCGCCUUCCUCCUGAGGUAGUUAAGUACUUUACGGAUCCAAAUGCUAUUGAACCACCAGAUAUGCAGCUUUUAGUACCGUUUGUGGAUUCUGCUUUACCUCUGGCAUAUGGUGUGUUGGGUGUGCAGUUAUUUCAUGAAAUUGGGCAUUUUCUGGCUGCAUUUCCAAGAAAUGUGAAACUAAGCAUUCCUUACUUUAUUCCAAACAUCACCCUUGGAAGCUUUGGAGCAAUCACUCAGUUCAAAUCUAUUCUUCCUGAUCGCAAAGCAAAGGUAGACAUUUCUCUUGCGGGUCCCUUUGCUGGUGCUGCAUUGUCUUCUUCCAUGUUUGCGGCUGGCCUGUUGCUGUCAUCCAAUCCCGGUGCUACUGGAGAUUUGGUUCAGGUUCCUAGCACACUUUUUCAGGGCUCUUUGCUUCUUGGACUUAUUAGCAGAGCCACUCUUGGUUAUGGAGCAAUGCAUGGAGCAUUGGUUUCAAUCCAUCCUCUUGUGAUUGCUGGCUGGUGUGGUUUGACUACAUCAGCUUUUAAUAUGCUUCCAGUUGGAUGUCUUGAUGGUGGGAGAGCUGUGCAGGGAGCCUUUGGGAAAGGUUCACUAAUUGGUUUUGGUUUGGCAACGUACUCACUUCUGGGUUUAGGCGUGCUUGGUGGACCUCUAUCACUUCCUUGGGGAUUAUAUGUUCUUAUAUGUCAGAGGACACCGGAGAAACCUUGCUUGAACGAUGUAACAGAGGUCGGAACUUGGAGAAAAGCAGCUCUUGGUGUGGCUAUAUUCCUUGUAUUAUUGACUCUCCUUCCUGUAUGGGAUGAACUUGCAGAGGAGCUUGGUAUAGGUCUUGUAACGACCUUUUGAUUUUUAGAAACUGGAGCCUUGCCAAUUUUGUUGUCGACUUGAGCUCUAAGGAGUAUUUAUAUUGAUCUUUGAUGUACUUAGUGGACUGUUUAUACAUGUAUAUAGUGAGAUUUUUUGGCUGGAAACACCAGUUUUUACCUGCACAUUUAUUUUUAAUGAAAUCUAAAUCCAUUCUCUUC